CACACUUCCCACCUUUAUUUAAACAACUCUCUCUCCUUCACUCGAUCAUCAUCAGCAUCAUCAUCAUCAUAAUCUCUUUCUUCUUGUACGACUUAUAAGCAUGGCAAAGUCUCUAGCUGGAUUGGCGGUUUUGGCCGCUCUUUUUAUGGCGGUUGAUGCGUUUAGGCCUUCUGGUUUAACCAAUGGUCACGCCACAUUCUAUGGAGGAAGUGACGCUUCUGGAACAAUGGGGGGAGCUUGUGGGUACGGAGAUCUCUACUCGGCCGGGUACGGGACAAUGACGGCGGCGUUAAGCACGGCCUUGUUCAACGACGGAGCUUCUUGCGGCGAGUGCUACAGGAUAACGUGCGAUUACGCGGCGGACUCACGGUGGUGCAAGAGAGGAGCUUCGGUGGUUAUCACUGCCACCAAUUUCUGCCCACCAAACUUCGCUCUACCCAACAACGACGGUGGUUGGUGCAAUCCGCCGCUCAAACAUUUCGAUAUGGCUCAACCCGCUUGGGAAAAGAUCGGAAUUUACAGAGGCGGUAUCGUUCCCGUCGUUUUCCAAAGAGUAAGCUGUUACAAGAAAGGAGGAGUGAGAUUCAGGAUAAACGGAAGGGAUUACUUCGAGCUAGUAAACAUAUCGAACGUAGGAGGAGCAGGUUCGAUCAGAUCUGUGUCCAUUAAAGGAUCAAAGACAGGUUGGUUAGCCAUGUCUCGCAACUGGGGAGCUAAUUGGCAAUCAAACGCUUAUCUCGAUGGCCAAUCUCUCUCUUUCUCCAUUACCACAACCGAUGGUGCUACAAGAGUCUUCCUCAAUGUUGUUCCUUCUUCUUGGUCCUUUGGACAGACUUAUUCUUCCAAGAUUCAGUUUUAAGGUUUUUCCUUCUUUUUUUUUUCCGUGUCUGAAAAAUUAUUGGCAGUGGUCGCGCUUUGAGUCUGUUUCUUUUCUCCCGGAGCGACCCGCCGGCUUUGUUUUUCUUUUUGUUUUUUUUUUUCUUCUUUCUGGUUUGAUGGGUCUGUUAAAGGAGAAGACCCGAUUUGAUUUGAGGAAAUGAUUAUACAAUACAUAUAUGUAAUGUGAAUUUGAGCGA